AUGCUGGCUCUCACGCAUCACAGCACGCCCCAGCCUCCUCAGGACCUGACCAUGGCGGUCUUGGGCUGCGGGACCAUGGGAAUUGCCAUCCUCAAUGGCAUCCUCACCUCCCUGGUCGAGAUGCAGGGCCCCAAGCCGCUGCAGUCUGGCGCCUCUACGCCCGCAGAAGAUGUUCCGCGCUCUCUGCCGUCUCGCUUCAUCGCCUGCGUGAGAACUCCGGAAACGGCCAAGAAGGUCAAAAGUGCCCUCUGGGAGCACUCAUCCGUGCUCAAGGUUGUUCGCAAUGAGAAUCUGUCCGCCGUCCAGCAGGCUCAGGUCAUCCUGCUGACCUGCAAGCCCUACAUGGUCAAGGAGAUUCUGGGGGCACCCGGCAUGGCCAAGUCGCUGCAUGGCAAACUCCUCAUCAGCGUCUGCGCUGGCAUCACGGUCGAGCAGCUGGAGAUCGCCCUGCACGGCGCGGUCCCCUCCAAGGAUCCCGAAGAGGAUGGCCGCUGCAGAAUUGUUCGGGCCAUGUGCAACACCGCGGCCCUUAUCAGAGAGUCCAUGACUGUCAUCAGCGCUACUGUCCCGCCCCUGCCCCUGGAGACAGAGCUCCUGGUUACCUGGAUCUUCAAGCGCGUGGGUGACGUCGUCUAUCUGCCCGCGCGAUACAUGAACGCCUCAACGGCCCUGUGCGGCUCUGGACCGGCCUUUUACGCCCUUUUCCUCGAGGCUGCCAUCGAGGGAGCCGUUGCAAUGGGUCUCCCCCGUGCUGAAGCAACCAGGAUGGCAACGCAGACCAUGCGAGGCACGACUGGCCUCAUCCAGAGUGGGGAGCACCCAGCUCUUCUCAGAGAGAAGGUGUGCACUCCUGGAGGCUGCACCGUCAACGGAGUCCUUGUUCUUGAAGAAGAGCGCGUGCGCGGGACCAUCUCCAAGGCUGUACGAGAGGCGACCUUGGUGGCGGGCCAGCUUGGUAAGAACAUUCAGGCCGCUAACAACGUCCCUCAAAAUGACAUUCACCCACACUACGACGAAUAA